AUGUUUGUAACCACUGGAGCCUCCAAAGGCUCCAAUCCCCACAUCACUGAGUUCAUCCUAAUGUGUUUCCUGGGUAUUCACUGCUGGCAGCACUGGCUUUCCCUGCCCCUAGCCCUGCUCUACCACUCAGUCCUCUUGGCCAAUGCAAUGAUCCUGCUCAUCAUCCGGCAGGAAAUGGUUCUGCACCAGCUGAUGUUCUAUUUCCUAGCUAUCCUGGCCUUGGUGGACGCGGGUCUUAGCACGUCCACCAGGAUCCUGGCCAGGCUCUGGUUUAAUGCCUGCACUAUCAGCCUCUCAGAAUGCUUCUUUCAGAUUUAUGCUAUUCAUGUCAUCGUGCGACUGGUGUCUGGCAUCUUCCUUUGCAUGGCAAUUGACAGGUAUGUGGCCAUCUCCACCCCCUCUGUUACCCCUCUGUCAAUCACAGAAGGCUUUGUCCUCAAGGCCACCUUGUUCAUGGUGUUCAAGAUUGAUCUCCUAGCCGUUCUGGUGACUGUCCUGGACACAAGACAUCAUUACUGCUCAAGGAACGAGAUUGAUCACUGUCUGUGCUCCAAACUGUCUGUCACCAACCUGGCAUGUGAUGACAGGAAGGCCAACAGCAUUUUCUGGUUGACCAUGGCUUGCUUCUUGUUGUGCAGUGACGUGGGUCUCAUAAUUGUCUUCUACACCCUGAUCUUGUGGGCUGUACUGAAGUCACACUUGGCCAAAGUCGCCUCCAAAGCCCUGAGCACCUGCAGCUCCCACAUCAUCCUCAUCCUCUUCUUCUACGCAGCAGUUGCCACUUUGCUCAUUACCCACACUGCAAAGAGGAAGUUGCCCCUCAUCCCAGUCCUCCUUAAUGUUCUGCACUGUGUCAUCUCCCUGGCUCUCAAUCCCAUUGUGUAUGCCUUGAGGACUCAGGAGAUCAAAGUGGGGAUCCUGAAGCUGAUCAGGAUGGCUGGCACAAGAAAGUGA